AUGCCGCAAUAUCUGUCUGGGGCCAAAGUAAUAGGGCUAAUUGAUCAUGAUACAGGUACCUGGGAUCCACAUAUAUUGGCAGAUAUUUUCCAACCGAGUGAUAUACCCAGAAUUCAGAGUAUACCAAUUGCCCCUGAGUAUGAUGAUAUAUGGUAUUGGUAUGGUAAUCCUAAUGGAUGUUAUUCAGUCAAGAGUGGCUACAGGCAUAUAGUGGGGAGUUAUGAGAAUAAUUCUAAUGGUAUUUUUAAUGAAUGGCUAACCUUAUGGAAAUUAAAAAUACCACCAAAGUGGAAGACAUUCCUAUGGAGAGCUAUUUGUGAUAUCCUUCCUACCACUAACAAUCUGCUUAUAAAGAGAGUGGAUGUUAACCCAAUGUGUGCCAUGUGUGGAAAUGUGAAUGAAGAUACCAUGCAUGCAUUAGUUUUGUGUGACUAUGCACACUCCAUUUGGGCAAAAUCCAACCUUCCAAUCCCCAAUAUUGUCACAAAUAUUUUUCAUGAUUGGUUUAGUGCAAUCUUGAAUGUUCUAGACUUUGAUGGAAUUGUUUAUGCAGCUGCAAUUUUAUACCAUCUUUGGAGGGCCAGAAACGGAGCGGUAUGGGAUGCCUGUCUACCAAGACCAACGAAAUUAUUGUCAGUGGCGACAGCCACAAUGAAAGCAUGGAAAGAUAUUCACCAUCGUGUCCCGCCGUCACAGCCACGAACGGCCAGCCACCACCUUACUGCUGAACAGCAGCCACUGCCGCCGCUGGGACCGAACGCCGAGCCUGCCGGGAAUGGACUGCCACCGCCGCAUGCUGCCACUUUGGAAUCUGUGAUUGGCGAGAUGAUGACAUCCGUCAAAUGUUAUAUGGACGCGAGUUAUCAUCGAGGAACCAAUGUUGCAGCUGUUGGUGCGGUACUCCUCGAUGCCAAUGGCCACUACAUAUCUGCCUUCAGCGCCCCGUUAACAGGUUGCCACUCACCGCUCAUGGCCGAGACUUUGGCAUGCAAAGAGGUUUUACCAUGGCUUAAAAGGAGGAAUGAACUAUCUAUACAGAUUCAUACGGAUUGUCAACAGCUACAGUGCUACUUAACUGGGCCACCAGCCACGUUACGCUCGCAUUUAGGUUAUGCUAUCGAUAGUUGCAGAACCUAUAUGUCUACCUUUAAUUAUUGUUCAGUGCUUUACAUUCCUAGAUUACAGAAUUUAUUAGCUCAUACAUUAGCUACUUCAGCACUUAGUUUCAAUACUGCUAUGUACUGGGACAAUGUUCCACCAGACUCUAUUUUAACUCUUCUAUAA